GUUCCCGCGGGGCGGGAGCGGCCGGCCCAGGGUGGACACCCCGCAGCGCUUCGCCUCCGGACAAGUGUGGCCCCUCCGCGGGCCCGUAGUAGCCGGUCCCGCGUCCAUCUCGGUCGCUAGGCAACCGUCCUCCGUCUGCGCGUGGGAGAAGCCAACCGACCUCCGGCAAAUGCGCCAUGGACCUGGUCAUCGCGCAGGAGCUGGCCCGCGCCCAGAGCCAGCAGGAUGUUGCCUCCCUGAAGAGGGCGUAUGAGUUGAUUAAGUCGGCCAACCUGGGGAAAUCGGAGUUUGACCCCACAGAAAGCUUCAGCCCUGACCUGUUUGUUUUGUGUGCAGAACAGGCCCUGAAGAUGAAGCAGCCAGAGGUGAGCGAGGACUGCAUCCAGAUGUACUUCAAGGCGAAGGGGCCGGUCACACAGUUUCUGGGCCGAGCGCACCUGUGCAAGGCCCAGCUGUGCGCCCCUAAGUCCACUGAAAACCUGGAAGAAUUUGAAAAUUGUGUGACUCAGUACAUGAAGGUGGUCAACUUCGCGAAAGGAGAACCGAGGUAUUACUUCUUGGUCUAUAAUGCAUCUGUCCUCUACUGGCAAAUGGCGAGGCCAUUUCUCAAGCCUGGGUACCAUCACCUCCUGAUCCCCAGCCUCUCUCAGAUGGUGAACGUGUUAAAUCAGACCGAGGAAGAGGACAAGGACUGGCGGGCAGAGCUGAUGCUGGAGCUUCUGGAGUGUUAUCUACAAGCUGGAAAAAUCGAGGAAGCCACUAAGUUCUGUGCCACAGCAGCGCCAUUCAUAAAAGCUAACGUGCCACAGAAGUAUAGACAGAUGUUCGCUGUUAUGGUGCGUCAUGAAUUAAUGGACAAGCUGCAGUUACAGGAAGAAAAGAGAACUUCUGUUAGCCUGUGGGUCACUUUCCACAUUAAUAUGCUGCAGGCAAAAUUGGAUAGAAAUGAUUUACCUGAGGACGCGGAGGAGAUUCUGAAGAAGACCUAUGAACAUUUAGGAUAUUAUAAUCACCAGGGCUUCCCUUCAGUCAGAGAGGAAAAAAUGCUUUUGCUUUUUGAGUUAGCUCGCCUUUCUCUGACCUUGAAGUGUGGGGAGCUGUGCUCUGGCUGCCUCUCAGACUUGAAGAACAUCAACAGCGAAGAUUCUGGGAAACUGAUGGAAAUUGAGUGCCUGGAGUGUGAGUUAGAAGCUUUAGGACUUGAAAAUAAAAUCAAAGUCUAUGACCGAGCAGCUGUUGAGACCCAGUUGAGUAUAAUGCAGAGACUGGACGUCCUGCUCCAGCAAGCCACCCGCCUGGGCGACCCCAGGCUCAUCCACGUCGUGUGCACCACACAGUGGAACACGUGUCUCCCGCUGCUGCAGCGUGACCUGCGGCGGCACCUGCGGAAGCCGCUGAGCAACCUUGCGGACAUCCUGGAGAAGAUGGACAGCCUCUCGGUCCUGCUCCGCUGCCAAGUGCACAUGGAGCUGGCGCACAUUGAGGAGGACGAGGACUGCUUGGAGCUCGCCUUGGGGCACCUCCAGAAGGCCCUGCUUCUGGACAGCCUGGGCCUCUACCAGGACAGGCUCACGAUGGCCAUCAGCCGGCUGCAGCUGUGCACCAGGCUGUACCAGGACCCUGUGCGUGCCGAGGACAAGGCCGUCCUGGCCAUCGAGCAGGCAAAGAAGGCCACCCCAAGGGACAGUGUCCGGAAGAAGAGGGCUCUCCUGGUGACCGCGGGCCUGGCCCUGGCCCCCGACACCUUCCAGAUUGUGCUCGACAGUGAGAAUGAGGCCAAAGUUUCCACCGGGAGUAGCAGGGGCCGCUUCGCCUACCUCUCCGCAAAGGCCCAGCACCACGCCGUUUGUGUGGACAAGGCUGCUGAACACCUGCAGCAUCUGGGGACCGAGAACCACAGGGAGAGAAUAGAGAUCUGGGCAGAGCUCACCAAGGUUGCGCGGAAGCAAGGCGUGUGGGACGUUUGCCGGGCGGCAAGCCGCUUCUGUCUCCUGUAUGACGUCAGGGCGAAGAAGCCGGCAAGAAUGGAGGGAGGAAAGAAGAAGCAGGGUGCAGAUGGCUUGGGGCAGGAGCCCUGGGGCCACUCAGAAGUCACCUUGCAGCAGCACAGGUCCCCCAGCCUGCUGAGGAAGUUCGCAGAGGUGGGGUUCAUCAGUGGUGAGGCCACCGUCCACUUUCUGCGGUCAGAAGGUGUAGAGCUGAAUGACCCCCCCAACCCUCCCGAGGACCUGAGCCAGCACCCAGCCGGCCUCAUAGUCAAGUCCCCAGAAGACGACACGGACUGGCUCAUGUACCGGACCUGGAUCGGGAGUCUGUCGCGGAGUGCCAUGAGCAGCUGGCUGCGGGCCGCCGAGAUAGGACAAGAGGCGCAGGAGCCCUGGAUCGUGCAGAAUGCCGUGGUCUACGUCCUGAACCACAACCACCACCUCCUCAUGGCCGGGAGGCAGAAGGAGCUCGUGGACGCCUUGGACCAUCUCCUGAGCAUCGUCAAGGCCACUGGCCACGGCGGAGACUCCACCAUGUUGGUGACACUCUGCAAUGCUUUGGCUCGAGGCCUGAUCGUCAGCUGGAUUCCAGCCCAGACACCAGAAAAAUCCAGGAAGCUGGCACACCCAAAUCCGCCUCCUGUGCCGCUGGACCCGGGAGCCACCUCCGAAGUCAGAACUGCGGUGGAGGUGUGCGAGUUUGCUCUGAACCUGACUGGCAACUUGGUGCCCAAGGAAGCAGUGCCUGCCCGCGCCUGGCAGCAGCUCAUUGCCACCUGGGUGAAGGCUAAGCAGCUGCUGCGGCAGCCAAUCGGGCUGGAUGUGGGCGAGCAGAACACCAGCGAGGAUAUGAACUCGGUCACCAGGGUGCUCAUCGCUCUGGAAAUGUACUCCUGCAAUGGGCUGGGCCUCAUGGACUUCACCGUGCCCCCCUUGGCCCAGCUGGUGAAGAUGGCUUCCGAGGGCGUCUGGUCAGACCCCCUGGUGGAGCUGCAGACGCUGACGCGGCUGACCCACUUCGCGUUUGUGGCCCACGACCACGAGAUGACCAUGAAGUGCUCACAGAAGGCCAUCCAGACGGGCAUUGGGCACCUCAGGAUGUCUAGUCCGGUCGAGGCUCAGCUGGUGGCGGAAAUGCUGAGCACUGCGGCCUGCACCCAGGGCAGGAGCGUCAUGGAGAACCUGAAGGGGAGGAGGCAGCUGCGCCUGGUGGCAGCCAAGGCCUUCCUGGAUAGUGUGAGGUUUGGGGGCAUAGCGGGGAGCCCCACCCUGGUGAUGCUGGCCGUGCGGCACUACUGGAACGCCUGGCGGCCGCUCCUGUCCUCCGCCGCCCACAGGAAGACAUCCAGGGGCGCCGUCCGCAGGGUCAUUAGCACCAUCAACGAGACAGAAGCGGCAAAGCGGGAAAAAAGGAAAACACUGCUUCUGCACCAGUGGCCCACAGCUGACUUCCAAAGUGAAGAGACUACCGAAGGCUGUUUCUCCCCAGGGGCCGAGGAGGACCUGACGCUGCGCGCUGCGCUCUACGGCCUGCUCUUCCAUUGCCAUGCUGACCUCGAGGACUGGGAGGGCGGCCUCAGGGUGCUGGACGAGGCGGUGCAGGUGCUGCCCCAGACCGCACACCGCCUCUUGAUUUUCAAACAUAUGGUCACUGUGAAGGCCAAACUUGGCCAGAACUUUACAAUGGAAAUACAGAAAUUCAAAGAUGAAAGUGAAGAUUAUUUAGCACGCAUGUGGCAUGGCCUGGCCUUGAAUUCAAANCCCCAGGUCUCCUGUCCUGCAGAGGAACUCCCACCCCCCCAGGCAGCCCCGGAGAGCCCGGAGCCCGGGGACUCGGGGACGCCGUCCCUGGAGAGGCUGCGGAACGUGAGGCAGCUGGACACGCUGGCCCGCGCCUGCAUCCUGCUGGCCCUGCUGGUGCCCCCGAGCAGCGCCGAGCACCAGGACUGCUGCCUCUUGGCCUACGCCUCUCUCAGGCGCAUCUGGCAGCCACCCCAGAACGAUCCCCCAAGGCCUCUGCCAGCCAAGCUCAUCUUCCCAACCAUCAACAGCCCUGCCGUUGGGCUUCCAGAACCUUCUUCUGUGCCCCCAUCCUGCAUGGCCUCCUCGCUGCACCCCUUCCCCACCACCUUUCCCCGGGGCCCCCAGGCAGCUCUUGGUGGCCUUGUUCUCGGGAACCCUGAACUGCACGUGGCUGGGAUGAUUCCGGGUGUUGCGCCCAACAAGACGGGCGUCAUUAGUGAGAGAACAGAGGGGGCGCGGGGCGAGCGCUGUGCCUGGCACUGUGCGCAGGGCUCCAUGAAGAAAAGCCUCGUUGCCGUGGCCCACCCGUCCUCCCCCCUCGGACCUCACACAGGUUAUGUGUUCAUGCAGGCACACAGUCUAUACUAUCUGGACCACCUGGUCAAGGCCUUGCAGAAGAUGUCCCUUCAUGAGCUCACGGUCCCCGUCCUGCAGUUGGGUGUAUUAAUUUCAGCCUCUGUGGUAGAAAGCAAGAGCCUCCAAGAUCUCUACCACCUCCGACUUGCCCUGGUUUCCUCCGAUCUGAAGCUGCAGGAGGCGGCUGCUUACCAUGAAGAGGUGGUCGGGCAGACGUUCCUUGGUGAGAUGGAGCAGGCAAGCUGCAGGAAAGAGAUUACCUUGAAAAAGGAGAAAAAUAAGGAACCAUUAUUAGAAGGAAGCCUGCCGGCCCUGAAUGAGCCCACAGCUCCAGUCCAGCAAGUAAAGAUGAAGCCCCUCAUAGCAGAGGAUAAGGUACCCCCACUGCCAGAUAAGCUGGGGAUGGGGGGUGUGGGACACCCAGACGCCUGGGGCUGCUGUCCCUCUGUCUGCCUCUCUCUCUCCCGCUGGCUGUCCCUGACCCUGGCCCUUCUCUGUACGCACAUAUCUCUUCAGGAGCUUGACGACCCUUAUGCACAAUCAGAAUGCCUACACCUUCUAGCACGACUGGCAAACAAGGAAAAGAACUACGGACAAGCAGAGAGGAUGGUGGAGCGGGCCCAGCGCCUGGGGGGGGGCGAGGAGUUCUGGUACCAGUCCGCUCUGACCCUGGCGGAUGCGCUGCUGUCUGUGGGAAGCCGAGGCGGGGAGUUGCUGGUCUGCCAGCUGUUUCAAAAAGUCAUCGAUGCCUUCAAUGUUCUCAAGAGAGAAAGACCCAACCGAGUGCCCUUGCUGGAGUUCAUGACCACGGACCUAGAAGCCAGGUGCGCAAGCCUCCGGAUCAGGGUGGCCCAGGAGCCAGUUGACGGUGAACCUUCUGAAUGCCUGUUUCUGCUGAAAGAGAUGGACGACUACUUGUUGGAAAUUGAGAAAAAGUUCACUGACUGUGGCUACAAGGAGAACUGUGUGGACAUAAAACUCGAGCGUGCAAAGAUAAAGAGGAUAUGUGCCCAAAAUGAGAAAGAUGAAGAGCGAAAAAUGGCCUAUUACCUGGAAGCGCAUGACCUGGUGCAGAGAGCCGUGGCUGAAGAGGAAGGGGUAUUUCACAGUGUCCAGGGGUUACUGUCCCUGCAGAAUGUAAUUAUUAUGCAGAAAGGUAGGAAAAUACAACUUGUAAUACAGAGAAUAACCAACCAGAACCAACCAAAACGGACACAGACCCCAGAACCGGAAGACAGGACGUUAAACCAGUUCCCGCGGCUGUGUUCGGUGUGUUCAGAGAGUGAAGCAGAUAUACUGAAGUUACAGAACGUCAACAGCCCCCUGAUGAGGAAGCUGGCCCAGCUCAAGCUCAGCCUGGCAGAGGCAUCCCUGGACUUGCUCCAGCUCACGUCGGGGGACAGCCUGGAGCAGCCGUCUGCGCAGGGCUCCGCGGACAAGCUGCUGGCCAGCUACCUGCACAGCACACGGGACUACACGUCCGUCGGCCUGAAGUGGCUCACACUGAAGCGGACCCUGGCCCACACUGCGCUGGCACAGCUGGUGAGCCUGCGGCCGCUGGGUGCCAGCUGCGUGGAGAUCGGCGCCCGGCUCCUGAGCCUCGCUGGGAGGGCCCUCCGCCUGCUGGCCGUGCGUGCGGACCCUGUGCACCCCGCCUUCUACUGGGAGGAGAGCCUCUUGGUGGGUGCUGGCCUGAGUGACCUCAGGAGUGUGGAGAUGACCCCGCAGGACAGGGGUGGCGAGGCGCCCCGCAGCCACCUGCCGGCCUUCAGGGCAGCCCCCGAGGAGCGCAGCAGGAGAGGCUCAGAUCUGAAGAGGAGGCUGGUGCUGGCCCAGCAGUUCCUGGCCCAGGCGUCUGAGGUCUUGCUCCAGUGCCUGCAGGUCUCCCUGGGCAGCCGCCUCCUGGACAUCGCAGCAGCUGCCAGCCUGGAGCUGGUGGAGUGCACAGGCACCCUGGACCCUGUGACCACCUGCCAGUUCCUGGCACUGUCUCAGAGCUGCUCGGCCUCGGAGAUGAUGCGGGACGUCCUGCUCACGGCCACGGCCAACACCAGCAGCUCCCAGCUGGCGGCCCUGCUGUGGCUCGAGCAGGGGCUGCGGCUCCAGGAGAGGACCUCCACCAGCCUGUUCGCCAGCGUGGGGCGGAGGCUGGCCACCAUCUCCAAGGCUUGGCAAAAUCUCGGCGUCACUGACCAGCAUCUUAACCUCCUGAAUGAAAUUCCUCCUACUUUUCGGAUCCUCUUUCUGCACCACUCCCAGGACAGGACCCACCUGUACGGUGCUGCAUACGAGAGACCCAGGUUCACCCCUGCAGCAAAGGGCCAGGUGCUGCAAGUAGGAGGCUCCUGCAAGGUGGCUCGGGUGCCCGUGAGCCCGGCCUCCUUUUCCUGCCUGUUGGCCAGCGCCCAGCAGUUCCGGGAGCAGCCCCAGGCCAAGGUGCACGGCGAGGACAUGGCCCCGAGCCCAGGCCUGGAGUCAGAAAGCGCCCACCUUGAAAGGGGACACACUCCGCAGAGAUUCCUCAGCAACAUUCUCAGUCCCAUGGAGGCGUAUCUGAGGCCACUGUUCCCGCUGCUCAGGGGCCCUGAAGCCAGAGUGCAGACUCCCUCAGUCACUGCAGAUCUGGGAAAACUGAAGGUCAAAGGCCAGGAGAAGGAUGUGUCCCUGCCUCAGGCUGGUGUUCUUGUGCCCACAGUUCUGCCUGAGACUGCAGACAACCUCAUCCUCAUCGUGGACAGGCACCUCCUGGAGCUGCCGCUGGAAGGGCUGUCGGUGUUCAGCCAGGGGGUGGUCUCCUCCUUGUCCCGGGAGUUCUCGCUCCAGAUGCUGUGGAAUCGCCUCAGCAGAGAGGAGACGGAAGGCGGCAUGAAAAAGGACGGCAGGGGCAAGGAGUUCAGAAAGCAGAGUCCAGCGAAACGGGGCCAGAAGGGCAAUGCGCGCCGGGUCAUCCCUCCCGGCUGCCUCCUCGUCGACUCAGACAACUUCAAGUUUGUGGUGGACCCCUAUGAGGAGGCCCAGGGCCCAGAAAUGCUGGCUCCUGUGUCGGUAACCCAGGAAAUUUUGGAAAAAUUCCGAGACACGUUCACUGCGCGAUGGGUGGGGCAUCUGGGAAACAAGCGCAGUCCCAGCCAGGCUGAGUGGGAGCAGCUCCUGGGCAGCUGCCAGGGCUUCUUCUUCUACGGGAUGGAGAGCUUCCUGUCCCACGUGCUGGUGGAGAGGCUGGCCGCCAUGAGCCUGCAAGGGUGCCGGAUGAUGGUCGUGCUGGAUCGGACGCGGUCUCAUGAGAGCAUGCGGCGGUGGGCGGCGGCCUCAGAGAGCAAGAGCGGGCGCCAGCUGUCCCUGGAGGAGCCCGUCCCGACGGCCAUCCUCCUGAGCCUCGUGGGCGUCGGGAGCGUCCUGGUGAACCAGUGGCCGGCACGUCUUCAGGACAACGCGCUGCGGGCCAGCACACUGUGGGAGAAUCUGCUGAUGGCCGGCAAGCCAGUCGGGAGAGCGGUGCGUCUUCUUCAGCAGGCGGGAGUCGGGGAAGAGGAUCACCAGGGCGACGGGGAGUCUCCGCAGACCUCCAAGGACAAGCUGCUCCCCGAGCUGCCACCACUCCAGGGUGCCCAGCGGCUUGUGGCCUCCCUCAACCUAGUCCUCUACGGGCUGCCACACCAAGCCAUCGCGUGACAGGGCGCAGAUUCCACCAGGGCACAGACCCCGACAGCCCCUCCGGACCCCACCACCCAGCCCACCCCACCUACAGGCGCCCCUCCUCCACCAGCCUCUGGACGUGCCACCUGGGCCCCCCACCUGGUUCUGCACAGGGCAGCGCCUGCCUCUGUCCCCACCUGCCCGGGGUCCGGCCUGCUCUGCGGCUCCCUCCUCCAGCCCUCCUCCUGCCCAGCACAUGCGGCCCCUCGUGGAGGAGGAGCAGGGUCACUGGGUGGGAGGGGUGCGUCAGGGCUGACUACACGGAUGCCUGGACCCCGGGACCCGCCACUAUGGUCCAGUCACAGGGGAGCCACGUGCACACCCGGGGGCUGGGAGGGGGUCUGUUCCCACCUCCUGAAAGGCCGCAGCAGCAGGCGGGCCCUCUGGCAAACGCCUUUCCCAGGGGACAGGACAGCUGCCCUCCCUGUGCUCCCUGGUGCCCAGGCCCUGGUCCCCGGGCGGGAAAUGCCGCCAGGGCGGCCUGUGUGUCAGUGCUCAGUAAACGGCCCUUCCCAGCCUCUCUGUGUGGUGUCUGCGACCGGGGCAUCUGUCUGAAGCACUGCCGGCCUCCGGCUCCGAGCCCUGCCUGCUGGCCCACUCAACCCAGACGCCGGCAGCUUCUAGCACCUCAAAGACCAAAGGGCCGCGUGCAGUGCAUGCCCCGGGCCCCGACUCAGGCUCAUGGCUGGGCCGUCAGGGCUCCUGGAGAGGGUGCACCUUUCUCGUGAUCUGCUGAAUAUGCGUCUGACAACCGGUCCAUGCUGCCUGGUCUCAUGGAGACCCUGGCACAGGCCAGAGCCCGGCUGUGAG